UGAGAGCGCAGAAGGAGUCGCCACAGCAGGAUUACUCCCCCCCCCUCCCCCGGCCACUCACGCCACCAUGGAUCCGUGCUUCCGCGCACUUUGCGUGACUUUGGUGCUGGCGUCUUUCGGCCGUGGGUCAGGUGCGCUCGGCCCGGUGAUCAGGUGCGAGCCGUGCGACGACGGCGCGCGUCUGUCCUGCAAGCCCCUGCCCAAGGACUGCGCCCAGAGAGUCCGAGAGCCGGGCUGCGGCUGCUGCCUGACGUGCGCGCUCAGCUUCGGCCAGCCGUGCGGCGUGUACACGGGCAGAUGCGGCGCCGGGCUCUCCUGCCAGCACCAGCCGGGCGAGACCAGACCUCUGCAGGCGCUUCUGGAGGGGCGAGGGGUGUGCGCCAACGACACGAGCACUCGACGGCUCGCGGAGGGACCGACGCCUCCGGUCAAUGAACUGCCAGAGACCCUCGAGACUGAGGAUGAGGAACGCAACUCCACUGGCGCUGUCCUCCAGAAGAUGAACGGCGCUCACAGCAGACCCGCGGGACCCGUGAGACCGCUGCUUAACCCCUUCCUGCCCUCCGCCAAGGCCGAAAUCCUACGACGGGAGCAGCAGAAGAGAACCAAGAGCUAUAAAAUGGAGGAAGUGCCUGGACCACUCCUGACAGACCAACAGAACUUCUCCCUGGAGAUCAAACCGGAGCCUGAGUAUGGUCCUUGUCGGCGAGAGAUCGAGAGCAUCCUCAGCAGCCUCAAGAUUACAGACAUCCUCAACCCCCGAGGUUUCCGCAUACCAAACUGUGACAAGAAGGGCUUUUACAAGAAAAAACAGUGCCGUCCAUCCAAGGGCAGAAAGCGAGGCUUCUGUUGGUGUGUGGACAAAUACGGGCAGCCCUUGCCAGGUUUCGAUGGGAAGGAGCGAGGAGUCGUCCGGCACUUACACUCGCAGAGCCAAUAGGAGCCCAAACGGGACGUUGAGGGAAGGGGAGGGCUAAAGAUCUGUAAACAAGCAGAGACACUGAGGAUAUUGGGAGAGAGCCGAUACGUGGAUGUUUGCUCUUUCUAUCCGUGGGACCUUUUUACACAAGGAACAAGAUGGAUUCUUCUGGAACAUUUCUGACAAAGAAGAAGACUCGAGCAAUUGCUCUCUAAAGCUGAUCAGACGCACAGUUUUGCUGCAAGCACAAUGAAUGGUGCCUUUUCUUUACGAUGAAUUGUCGAAAUUGUCAAACUUUGACGCCAUGCACAUUACAUGCCGUAAGCAAAAAUAAUAAAUAAAUACAUAAAUAAAUAAAUAACUUCUUCCGGUUAGGGCUCAUUUGGGCAAAUUUCUGAGUCACAGUUUGACCAAGUAUGAACUCUGGAAUUCGACCAAAAUGUUUUUUUUUCAAACCAAAAUGGCAGACACCCGAUUCAAUCCAAUUUGCACGCAUACCUGAGACUUUUCUAUGCCUGCCAUCAGAUUUUGUAUUGAUCAUUGAAAGUGGUAUCGGAGCUAAUUUCUUUCAGAAUUUCCCAGCUGCGCUAAUGAGUGAGUAUGGCAAGGGUCGUAUUUAUGACCCCAACAUUUUCACCUGGAAGCAUACGCUUGCAAAAUGUGGCGCAUUUGCGAGCACGGUGUAACCAACAUGAAUACCGGAGUGCAUGAAAAAGUUUUCUCAACUUUCCAAGGAGCAUUACUGAGGGAGUUCUCUGGGGGUCAUGUUCGGGAACUCGAAAAUACAUUUUCACAAGCAUACACGGGCUUGCAAAAAUUGGUGUUUUCGGGCGUGUUGAGCUCGCCAAAAAAGUCGAUUUAAUACCAGUAAACACAUCAAAUCCAAGAGGGUCUUGGCACUGCUUGGGGCUUCGAUCCCAAUAAAUCUUCAUUACAAACAUGCAUUUGCAUUCAUUCUCCAGAAGAAGCGGGCGUUACUCAGGGAGUCAACCUGUCCAAUGCAUCGCGUGAGUUAGCCCAGAAAUUAGCGCAACUGUCUCUUAUUAAUCAAUACUGCUAAUAUCUAAUCAAGAUCAAAUGAGAAUAAAGGCUGGAACCCGCUUAUUUCUGGUCACCAUUGUUUGGGAUCUGGUUACAUUUCUGCUGGGUCGUCAAACAGGCACACAAUUUCUUGCCCAAAAUAACUUCUGACCCCUGUUUAUAUUAAAUUAAUUACCAGUGGGUUAUGUACAGUGUAUGUCAAUGUUAUGGGGAAAACGGGCCUUUUUUUUUUUUUUAUGUGCUGAAAACCAUUUGGAAACCCUGCCUGAGGUAACUAUGUAGUUUGCAUGUACAAUAUAAGGCAACCCUCAAAGGUCUAUUUUUACUUAAUAAAGGCACUAUGAAACCA